AUGUUUUUGAUCGACAUCGGUGCGAACAUCUCCGUCAUUCCCAAGAGAAGUAGCCAGCAAAUGAAACCUACAACGUUCAAUUUGUAUGCAGCUAACAACACUAUAAUACCUACCUACGGUGAGAAGACGCUCGAGUUGGACCUUGGCCUACGUCGUCCAUUCAGAUGGAAAUUCAUCAUAGCCGCCGUCAGCAAACCGAUAAUUGGAGCUGAUUUCUUAGAAUAUCACAAGAUACUCGUAGAUAUUGCGGGUAGAAGCCUCAGAGAUGAAGUCACAAACUUAUCAGUGAAGACAAAGAUUUCAAACUACCCUACACCAACAAUUCGAAGCAUCGACAGCAGUCAGAAAUAUCACGAUAUAUUAGCUGAAUUUCCUGAAAUAACUCGGAUAUCAACAAUGAAAGAAACACCGAAACACUCAUGUCUAUAG